GGUUGUAGUAAAUUUUGAAAACAGAGGCCACUACAGUCUAGUCUCUGCGACGCCCACUGGGCUCCAAAGCCCCAAGUAACCGUCUUACUGUUUGUUAGUGGGCCCAUCUUCCAGGCUUUUACCUUUUCUCCCUUCUUCCUUGCUACUAGCUAGGUGUUAUAAUUUAUUCCUACUGCUACCCUUUAUCCACAAAACAGGGUCUACAAACUUGUAUAUAAUAUAUCCCAUCACCCCUGCCAUUUGCAUGUAUGUUUCUACUCUGCACUAAGAGGAGUGUUGUUUGCAUAGCCUGUCUGCUCUACAGUUGGUGUUGUUUGUCUGCAGCAAAUGGCGGUGCUGGUAGUGUUUAGGCUUGCUAUGGUGUUGGGCGUUUUCACUGGAGCUCAGCUUGUUUAUGGUUCAGGCUGGACUAACGCCCACGCUACCUUUUACGGAGGCAGCGACGCAUCAGGAACCAUGGGUGGGGCUUGUGGGUAUGGAAAUCUUUACAGCCAAGGAUAUGGCACUAAAACGGCAGCACUGAGCACUGCUCUGUUCAACAACGGGCUCAGCUGUGGAGCGUGCUACGAGAUAAAGUGCAACGACGUCCCACAAUGGUGCCUCUCUUCCUCAGUCGUUGUCACCGCUACCAACUUCUGCCCGCCCAACGAUGCGCUUCCUAACGACAACGGUGGGUGGUGUAAUCCUCCACUUGAGCAUUUUGACCUCUCGGAGCCCGUUUUUCAGAAAAUUGCCAAGUAUAGAGCUGGAAUUGUACCUGUCGUGUACAGGAGGGUGCCCUGCCACCGCAAGGGAGGAAUUCGAUUCACCAUAAACGGGCAUUCAUACUUCAAUCUGGUGCUAAUAACGAGCGUUGGGGGAGCAGGGGAUGUGCAUGCGGUUUCAAUAAAGGGCUCAAAGACUGGUUGGCAGGCAAUGUCACGCAACUGGGGCCAAAACUGGCAGAGCAACACUUUCUUGGAUGGGCAGAGCCUUUCCUUCAAGGUCACUACCAGCGAUGGAAAAACCGUCACUUCCUACAACGUGGCUCCCUCUGGCUGGCAAUUUGGCCAAACUUUUAGCGGGUCUCAGAUACGUUAGCUUCUAGCUAAUUUGUAACCACAGCUAGUGGGUAUGUUAGUGACGAUAUUAGGGCUAAGAUUCAAGUUUUAGAAUGUCUUCUUAGCACAGGGACUCUUUUUAUUUGGGUAUUUUGGUCUUUUGAAUGUAUCGUCGGGAUGGCGCGGUGGCUAGGAAACGCCACCCGUUCCUUUUACACUUGACAAAUGGUAGUUGUCUUUUUGGUUAUAAAUGUAAUGUGGUUAAUAGGCGUUAUCUGGAGGAGGAAGUUUGUCGCCACCCGCACUAAAAAACGCCAUUUCCAGUGAUGCAAAAGUGUGUUGUUGUAUUCAAGAAAAUAUUUGGAUACAUUCUGUAAAUCCUGUCUCCUCUAUAUUUGAAUUCGCUUAUUUUACAAGUUUAAAAUUAA